UACUACACCAAUGCGUACGUAUGAAAGUGAAUGGAUGCAUUCUGUCUUUCCCUUUCAGAGCUGUACACGCUCCUCCUGGAGGACAUUCUUGUUCUGCUACAGAAACAAGACGAGCGUCUGAUCCUAAAAUGUCACAGCAAAAUCCUGGCAGGCACCCCAGAUACAAAACACACCUUCAGCCCCAUCAUUAAACUUAACACUGUUCUGGUGCGCUCUGUGGCUACAGACAACAAGUCCUUCUUCGUUCUCUCCAUGUCUGACAACGUUGCACAGAUCUAUGAGCUCAUGGCGCCCACAGUCUCAGAUCAGAAAACGUGGCAGACUCUGAUCUCCCAAAGAGCCGACACGAUGAAGGUCAAACCUCACAGCAUCAUACCGUUACCUCAGACUGAUGGGGAGAGAGACGGCGUGGAGAUCAUUACAGCAGGCGUUUCCAGACUGAGCAGAGAACAAGACCGCACAUCCACUGGCAGCACGCAGUCCACAGACAAAGAGAGCGGCCCAGCCUCCAGAAGUACACUGCAAGGUUCUCUACCUGCUGGCAACCCGUUUGAGGAAGUGAAGGCAGACGUGGAGGAAGAGGAAGGUUUUCUUGACCCGGAGCUUUCGUGCGAAGUAUCUGAAGUUGACAGAGAAGGAGACUCGUUCGAUGUGUUCCCCUCAAGGGCAGACGAAGCACUAAAAACAUUGGCCGCAUUAAAGCAAGUCCUGGUGAACCAGCUGAUGUCCCAGGAGGCAGCACAACAAACCAAACGUUCCACGGGAGUCCGUCUCCUGAGAACCACCUCCUUGCGGACACCGACGGACAACCGCGCAAAGGUGAUGGUUCACAACGGCUCUGAGAAGAGCGGCUCUAAGGCAGAGGACCUGGCUCAGGACCUGGGGUCAGGGGACACUGGAUUCUUUGAUUCUCCUGAAGACUAUGGAUGUUUAGUCCUGGGGGGUUACGGAGGACAAGGGGAGAGCAGCACAGACGACGACAUCCUGGCGUCAACCCAAGGGAAACAGCUGAGGACCUCACAAGGCUGUGCGGCCGACUCCGGCAUCAAUUUGAGGUUUUCUUCAACGUCACAGUUCGGCAGCCUCUCCACUUUCAGCAGACAGGUGUUGUCUCACCUUAGACAUCUUCAGACCAGCCUCGGCUAUUUAAAGGAGGUUGAGACCAAGUACAAUAAUCUAAUACGCCAAAGGACAGACAGGUCAUCGACGGACACAGAUGGAAAUAAAGAUAAAAGAUAGUGUGGAUGUCAACGCCGCGGCUUUUGACAUUGGUACCACGGAAGAAGUACCGACUCGCCGUCUGUUCUUUCUUCUCGAGUCCUGGACUUUCUGGACGUCGUAUAAGCUUGUCCUUUGACUGCUGAGCUCUUCGAUUAUUUUUGUUUUGUUUUUGUUUUUUCCCAUCACCCACAGCCAUCGCAGGGAAUAACAGACUUAAGUGUGAAGCAAAUGUUUUUGAAGGGAGAAUUCACUGGUGUGGUGCCAUGCCUUCCCUUCUCAGCACAAGGCGAACAGGGAAGUGGGAUUGCCCCCGAAAACCUCAACCCCCUUCUACCAUUGAACACCAAAUUUUCCCCUCUAAACUUCCUGCAAGAAAGAGAACUUAUACCAAAAUGUACAAAGAUGUGUGUUUAGAAUAUAUAUAUAUGAAACACAAACAAGAAAAGGAAAAUUUUAAGAUAAUGUAUUAAGAUUUUUUUUAUUCCCAAGAUGUAUUUAUUUUCUUUCUUUUUGUUUUUCUUUAAGUGUUUCCCAAAUUGCUUGCAUGCUUUUGGCCAUGGUGUGUUACUUUUUUUUAGCUGCUUAUCCUGGUUGGGUCGCACAUGGUUGGCCUGAGUGCGCGCUAGUAUACAAGUGCUCUAGCGUACCUUGAUGAGUGGCAGCACUAUAUCCUGACUGAUAGAGGCCAGAGUUGCACUAGUGAUGGAUAAAUCCAGUGUAUUAAAACUCCUGAACAUUGUUAAAGUCUAGAAUUUAACACAAAUUCUAAGUCUGGUGUUAACUAGAAUGAAGAGUCUUUAGGCUCUGAUCUGGUCCUGUUGCAUUUCUGUGCUGAUUCCUUUCUUUCCCCUCUUGCUCUUUUCUCCUUUUAUGUGCAUGACUUUUUUUUUUUUUUACCCCCUCCACCCCGUGAACUUUUUUGGGUGUCAUCUCUUUCCUCUUUCAAGCAGCCGAGUGGCGCUCAUGCUUAUUUAUCCCUUCCCACACUCUAUAUGUCAUGCUUCCUGUUGUGCCUCUGGUUAUCUUGCUCUGUUGGCCUCUCCUACAAGGAGCGGUCAUGCUCUCUCUGUAUCAGCUUCUGACAGAAAUGCUGCUUCCUUCUGCUACUGUUGGUGAUACUGAUCUGACUGCCCACAUUUUCUAAUAAUGUCAUGAAGUUCAUCAUAUAGUGUACAAUGAUCAAGUUGGAAGGUUAUUCAUAACGUUACAAAAUAAAUAAAAGGUGCCAUGACACAUUGAAAAAGAA